AUAACAAGCUUAUGAAGAGACAGACACCACAAAGCAGACUGUUGGAGCCGUUACCUAGACUACAUUCACAGAUGAAGAUGAAGACUCUGGUCUUUCUGUUGUUGAGCCUGACAGUGUCUGAUGGAGUUGACAUCAGAGCUGGAACCUGAAAUGAGGGAUGGGCUAUACACUGGGCAUUAUCCAAUGACAGACUCAGCUGUGAUGGUAGAGGAGCCAAUGAUGGAGUUGGAGCCUCUAGAAGAGAAGAGACAUCUUAGGGAAGAGCGUUUGCUAUUGGAGGAGGGGGUUCGAGUAAGAGAGAGACCUCUCAUGGAGCAGCCAACGAUGGGCAAGGGCCCCAUGAUGGAUGGAGAGGCGGGAAUGUGGGUGGAACCAGAGAGGGCGAAGCGGUCUGUAAAUAGGGAGGAUAGCAAGGUGGGGCUAAAGGAGAACAUGGCCCAACUUGAACCUACAGGGAGGAGCUCCUGCAGUGGUGUGGUCCUGGAGGGGAAAUGCUACCAGUUCUUCAGAGGCCCAAAAACAGCCUCAGAUGCUGAGUUCUACUGCCAGGAUAACGCCCCUCGUGGCCACCUGGCAUCCAUCACCAGUCAGACCAUCCACAGACAGGUCAUGGGCCUCAUGCUGCAACAGAUUGGAAAAUACACACGCACCUGGGUUGGAGGACUACGCUACCUGGACACUGGUCGCUUCAUCUGGUUGGACGGUGCCCACUGGCACUAUCAGGAUUGGCUGCCUGGUGAGCCCAAUUACACGGCAGGGGUGGAGAACUGUCUGGAGCUGCUGGCACUUGGAAAUGGGAUGUUUAAUGAUAUGCCGUGCUGGGAUCUGCGAGCGUUUGUCUGCUCUUACCCUGUCUAGGAAACAGUAGGAUUAAGAUGACCCUAGACCAGUGGAGACUGCUGAGGGGAGAACGGCUCACAAUAAUGGCUGGAAUGGAUUAUAAUGGAUGGAAUGUAAUAGUGCCAAAGCCAUGACAACCAUGUUUUUGAUACCGCUCCAUUAACUCUGCUCCAGCCAUUAUAUUGAGCUGUCCUCCACCUCCCUAGACCCUGAUCUAAAGUCAGAUUACAUUCUUCACCCCAGUGUGGAACAUUUUGGAGGAGCUAGAGCUGUACAUAUUAGUGCAUCCUCUAUCCCGAGCUCUAGGAACACAGCAGUGUCAGAUUUUAUGACCCUUGCACUUCAAGGGGGUUUCCAGUUUGAGUCACUUGGGAUUCAAGUAUCUGGCUUCAGUGGUGAAAGAGAUUCUUAAACAUUUAACUGCAUUUACACUGUAAGAUAUUAUUUCUCAAUGAUAAACAAUCUAUUUUAGAGCCAUAGGAAAGCACUUUUUAUAUUUUUAAAAUAUAACUAUGUUCAUAUGUUUGUGUAAAAGUUAUAUAAAUGACUGUAAUCAAUUCUAUAAAUGGACAUUUUUGCUAGAAACA